AUGAUUGCCGCCAACAACAGCCCGCUCUCCAUCCAAACCCCCAAGCCCGUCGACGCCAACACCAACGCCUCGUCCCUGACCUACCAACAAAUCAAGGACCGCUACCAGGCCGCCGGCCAAGGCCAUCUCCUGAACUUUUACGAUGACCUCCCCGAAUCCGAAAAAGCCGAACUCCUUUCCCAGCUCCAGUCCCUCAACGUCGAGCGCGCCAACCGGAUCCACCAAAAGGCCACCACCUGCCCGUCCCCCAUGCUCAGCAACCAAUCCGUCCUCCUCGGUCCCUUGCCCGAAGAAUGCUUCGAGUCGACUCUCGAGGCCUCCUCGGAGAAGAUGCACGAGUGGCAAACCAUCGGUCUGAACCAGAUUGCCCAGAACAAGGUCGGCGUCAUCCUCCUGGCCGGUGGACAGGGCACCCGCCUGGGGUCGACCGCACCCAAGGGCUGCUACGAUAUCAAUUUGCCCUCGUCAAAGUCGCUGUUCCAGAUCCAGGCCGAGCGUAUCUUGAGACUGCAGGAGUUGGCGAGCAAGCAGGAAGGCGCAAAGGCCAAGGUGGUCAUUCCUUGGUAUGUCAUGACCUCUGGACCCACCCGUACUGCGACCGUCAAGUACUUUGAGGAACACAACUACUUUGGACUCGAGAGCGGGAACAUUGUCUUUUUUGAGCAGGGAACCCUUCCUUGCAUGACAUUCGACGGCAAGAUCAUGAUGGAGUCCAAGUCUCAGAUCGCGGUCGCACCUGACGGUAACGGAGGUGUCUAUGCGGCCCUUCGUACGACUGGUGUCCUGGCGAACAUGGCGGAGCGCAAGGUCGAAUACCUGCACGUCUACUGUGUCGAUAACUGUCUCGUUCAUGUGGCCGACCCCGUCUUUAUCGGGUACUGUGUCCAGAAGAACGCGGACUGCGGCGCCAAGGUCGUCCGCAAAAAGUCGCCCGAUGAGCCCGUUGGUGUGGUCUGUCUGAGGAAUUCGGCCUUUAACGUGGUCGAAUACUCGGAGAUUGAUGAGGAGGUUGCACACAGGAUCAACCCCAAGAAUGGACAGCUCUCCUUCGGGGCCGGUAACAUCGCCAACCAUUUCUACACGGUCGAUUUCUUGAACAAGGUCGAGUCGUUCGAGGGCGAGCUCGAGUACCAUAUCGCACGCAAGAAGAUCAAGACCCUGGACAUGCAGACGGGAGAGAUCAUCACCCCCAAGCAGGUCAACGGCAUGAAGCUCGAGAUGUUUGUUUUUGAUGUCUUCCCCUUCACCCAGCGGAUGGCCGUCUUUGAGGUCGAUCGUCGUGAGGAGUUCUCGCCACUGAAGAACGCACCGGGAUCCGGUCAGGACUGCCCCGAGACCUCGAGGCGGGAUAUCCUGCAGCAGCAUGUGCGGUUCAUCGAGGACGCUGGUGGAAAGGUUGUCGUUGGUGAGGAGGAUCAACAGAUCGAGGGCGCACCCACGUUGGAGAUCUCGUCCUUGGUCACGUACUCGGGAGAGGGCUUGAGCGAGAUUGUCGCUGGAAAGUCCAUCAAGACUCCCAUCGUCAUCAGUUCCUUGGAGGACCUCAAGAAGGCCGUUUUCUAA